AAUUUCCAGAUGGAUGAUCGUGACGACGGUGUUAUACAAGAGUGGCUACUUUUGCCAAGUAGUGAUAUAUCGGAAGAAGAGGAGAUUGGAAAUGAAGAGAAUGAAGAAGACCUCGUAUUUGAUAUAAUUUUCAAUCGGGGCUUAGAAGAGCAGCUAGAAGCUGAUGGAAUAAAUUUGGAAGAGAUUCGGGUUGCAGUGUCUGAGGGUGAUAAUGAAUUUGGAGACGUUGAAGAACAGGAAGCCGAAGACAUCCAAUCUGCAUCUGAGAUUGUGACUGCUUUACCAGAAGAAGAGGACGUGAGUAUGGCAGAUCCAGACUAUAUGCGUCCAGGACCUUCUACAGGUAGGCCUAUACAUAGAAGAGGGAGGGGAAGACGACAAGAAAAUGCCCCCAGAGUAAGACGUGCUGUACAAAAGGGGAUAGAUCCCCAGUAUCCAUUUGGAAUAAGGAAAAGUUCAUCUCUCCUAAUGUUCAGUGGGAAGUGGAGUAGUCAAUGUUCCCCAAUAUCGUAUGUAUUGGGCAGCGGAGACUCGCUACCCAGCAAUUGCUGA